AUGUCGACCGCUGAGCUUGCUUGUUCCUACGCCGCCAUGAUUCUUCAUGACGACGGCAUCGCAAUCACAUCAGAGAAGAUUGCCGCCUUGGUGAGAUCAGCUAAUGUGGCAGUGGAAUCAUACUGGCCGAGCCUCUUUGCCAAGCUUGCUGAGAAGAGGAGCCUUGAGGACCUUAUUUUGAAUGCUGGCUCCGGUGGCUGUUCUGCUCCCGUAACUGUGGCUGCUGCUUCUGGUGGUGCUGGUGCUGCUGCCAGUGCUGCUGCUCCUGCAGUUGAGGAGAAGAAGGAAGAACCCAAAGAAGAGAGUGAUGACGACAUGGGAUUCAGCUUGUUUGAUUAG